GUGCUUCAACUGCUCGUGCGGGGGCAAGCGCCGCUUGAGUUGGCCCCUCACGUGGCUGGAGCCUCCCUACACGCGGUGCCGGCCCAUCGCCGUGGGUGAGUGCCUCCGGCGCCUUGCUUCUAAGUGCCUCUGCGCUGCGGUCAAGGAUGCUGCUCGUGAAGUGCUCGCGCCUCUCCAACUUGGCGUGGCUGUGCCCUAUGGCGCUGAGGCGGCCGUACACACCGCACGUCAGUGGUGCCACCGCCAUGCUAGCAAUUGCGGCAAGUGCUUCCUCACGGUGGACUUCGCCAACGCCUUCAACUCCAUCGACCCUACUGCUCUCCUACGUGAAGUUCGCUUGAAGCUCCCAGGGCUCGCCCCGUACGCUGAGUGGCGGGGGUUCAAGAGGGGGACCCGCUGGGAGCGCGGCUCUUUGCGGUGGCUCUGCAGCCUGCACUUCGUGCUGCUGCUGCUGGCUGACUUGGCGUUUGCCUUUCUGGAUGACGUCUGCCUUGCGGGCAGUGUGCAGAACGUCAGCAGCGGGUUGGCCCGCCUCACUGCGGCCGCCCGGCAAGUGGGGCUCGUCCUCAACCCAGCCAAGUGUUGCCUCACCACUUGCAGCGACGACUGCCCCGUCAACCCCAGCCUGUUCCCGGCUGGGUUGCCU